AAGUUAUCAACAAUCCUUUCAAAACAAAACAUAAAAAGUUGUUAACAACAUCUUGUCUCAUCCUUGAAUCAAUAUACUGGGAAAAGGAUUAACCAUUCCCAACUUUGCAAAAGUUGGGAAAGGUGAUUAUUUUCUUUUCAUUUCUUCUAUUCAAAAGUAAUUCACAGGCAAUAACCUUUUUUCAUCACAAUGAAGAAAUUGACAAAACGAUCUAUAACCUUUGAGAUGGACCGUAACGUGAGGCAAAUGUUGAAGCUGAUUGAAGAUGAUGGAGAUUCAUUUGCCCAAAAAGCUGAGAUGUAUUACCAGAAGAGGCCAGAAUUGAUUUCUCUGGUUGAAGAGUUCUACCGUGGUUAUAGAUUUUUGGCUGAACGUUACGAACACGCGACAGGUGAAUUGGGGAAGAACAUGCACUCUGAUAGCCAAUCCCAAGCUUCAUGUAUUUCAGACACCGGUUCUGAACCACCCUCUUCUUGGCCAUCUCCUUCUCCUAGAAAAGUGGGGCGUCGCAUAUCUAGCAACCGCGCUGCAGGCUUUGAUUUCUUCCUUGGUUCUGGUGGGAACAACAAUGCUUAUGAUUCUGCAUCUCAAAAAGAUGGAGAUGUGUCUUCUACUUUGACAGAUUCUGAUGAGGAAUUUGAUGAUGCUUCAUCUUUUAAUAGUUGUUCAGGUUUCUUUGCGAAUGCAAGCGAGCACAGCAUGAACAGAAGGGUGAUGGAAUUGGAGAUUGAGCUGCGUGAGAUGAAAGAAAAGUUAUGCAUCCGUGAGGAGGAACGUGUGGAUGCUUCUUGUAGAGGGGGAAGAAUUGAGAAUGCUGAAAAUAAUGUCCGGGCCAAAAUUAAUGCAUAUGAACAAGAACUGAGGUAUGUGAAUGAUAAGUUAAGACUCUCGGAGAAGGAAAUCUCUAAAUUGAAGGCUGAGCUUGAAAAAUGGAGAGCAAUGGAACCAGAUCAGUUUCAUACUGCUGGUGCUGAAUUACCAUCAACUGAAGAAGAAUUUGAGAUGGAGCUAAGAUUCACAAAAGAAAAACUUGAGUCUUCGGAAACUGAAAUUGCUUCAUUGAAAUUUGAGGCAAGUAAAUCAUCUGAAAGUAUUCAGCAAUUGCAGGAUCAACUUAACUUGGCUCAGAAGGAAAGUGCUAGUUGGAAAACGAAAUUCAACUCUGAGAAAAGAGAGAGCACUAAACUCCAAGAAACGCUCGCGAAGUUGAAAACUAGCCUAGUAGACCGAGAUCAUGACAUCAGGGAUUUAAAAAGUGCUUUAACUGAUGCAGAGCAAAAAAUCUUCUGUGAGAAAGCUCAGGUAAAGUCUGAAAUGUCCAAAUUGAUGGAGAAACAGACUCAUAUGGAAGAGAAGGUCAGAGAAUGGGAAAUUCAUUGUCAAUCUUUGCAAGAGAAGAUAAGAAAGAUCUAUUCUGAAAAAAUAGAGAUGGAAGAGAUACUCAAAGGAGAAAUUGAGCAAUUAAAGGAAGACAAUAGCUGCAUGAAGAACAGCAUAAAAGAUCUCAAUGAGAGCAUUGAUGCUUUAACAUUAGAGAGAGAUGAUCUCAAUGCAGAAGGAGGUUCACUUAAGGAAGUUUUAAAUUCCAGAGAUAAUCAGAUUGAACAAAUGGACAUGAAUUUGAAGCAGUUACACAUGGAGCAUGUGCAACUAAUUGCUGGAAUGGAAGAGGCACAAAGACAGGUGAGAGAGCUAAAAGCAAGAUCUAAGGAACUAGAGGAAGAGAUUGAGAGACAAAGGGUUGAGAUCUUAGAAGGUGCUGAAGAGAAACGUGAGGCCAUAAGGCAGCUAUGCUUCUCACUUGAACACUACAGAAAUGGGUAUAACAAGCUUCGUGAGGCUUUCAUAUGACACAAGAGGCUCCCAGUUUUGGCAACCUAAUACAUCUGCAUGAUUACAUGUGAUCUUGUAAAAUCUACUAGAAUAACCCUACCCUUCUUUCCCCUUGUAUUCUUUUUUCUUUCCCUCACCCUAACUCCUGUGUCUGAGAUGUCUUUCUUAUACUUUGGUGUGUAAUGUAUAUAACCCAAGGUCAUGAGAAAGUAGAACUUAGAUACGGUAGCCAUAGUUUCAUGAUUUGAAUGACAAACCUGUUUAUAUAUGUUGGUUCUAAGUCUCAUCCGUUCAGUUAGGAAACUCUGCAUAUUGAGGAGAACUCAUAAAUGUGGACCAGUUGAUAUCUGUAUCCCCACUUUUUCUGUUGAGUCAAGGAAGUCGAUUUUCUGUUGCAGUGCAUGCAAAAUUCUGUGGUGGAUUCGGUUUCAAGUUUU